UACAACUAAAUCUAAUUUUAAUUAUCGCAUGACGAUCUUUCCCAAUGCACAACUCUACCCUUUUUCCAGUCGCUCUCUCUAGUCUGUGAAAAUUCUUUAAAACCUUGGAAUAAAAAUCAAAACCCAAUAUAAAUCUGAAUCUGAAUCUACGUUUGCUUGUAAUUUUACGUUCUUCAAAGAAAGAAAUGCCGUCGACCACCAACGGCUCCAUCCCCAAACUCUCCGAAUCAACUGACCAGCACGAUGACACAACCACGUCCUCCAUCAAAUUCGGGACUCCCGAGGCCCUCGAUUACGUCCGCUCCCUUACCGACGUCGGAGCCAUGACGCGUCUCCUCCACGAGUGCAUCGCUUACCAACGAGCCCUCGAUGUCGACCUCGACACCCUCCUCUCCCAGCGCACCGACCUCGACAAGAACCUCAACAGCCUCCAAAGAUCCGCCGACGUUCUCGAAAUUGUCAAGGCCGAAUCCGACCACAUGCUUUCCAACAUCACCUCAACCUGUGACCUCGCCGACCAAGUCAGCCGCAAGGUCCGCGAACUCGACCUCGCUCAGUCACGCGUAAACUCCACGCUCCUCCGCAUCGACGCCAUUGUAGAGAGAGGGAGUUGCAUCGAUGGCGUCAAAAGCGCUCUCGACGCUGAGGAUUACGAGUCAGCCACCACAUACGUAAGGACAUUUUUGGAGAUUGAUAGUAAGUUUAAGGAUUCUGGAUCGGACCAAAGGGAACAGUUGUUAGCGUCGAAGAAGCAGCUGGAAGGGAUUGUAAAGAAAAAACUAAUGGCAGCCGUGGAUCAAAGGGAUCAUCCAACAAUUUUGAGAUUCAUUAAGCUUUAUUCGCCGUUGGGGCUAGAGGAAGAAGGGUUGCAAAUUUAUGUUGGGUAUUUGAAGAAAGUGAUUGGGAUGAGAUCUAGGUUGGAGUAUGAGCAUUUGGUGGAGUUGAUGGAACAAAGCCAUGGACAGAAUCAGAGUAAUCAGGUAAAUUUUGUUGGGUGUUUGACUAAUUUGUUUAAAGAUAUUGUGUUGGCUGUUGAGGAAAAUGAUGAGAUUUUAAGGAGUCUUUGUGGAGAAUAUGGAGUGGUCUAUGCUAUUUUUGAGUUACAAGAGGAAUGUGAUUCAAGGGGUUCUUUGAUCUUGAAAAAAUAUAUGGAAUAUAGGAAAUUGGCUAAGUUGUCUUCUGAGAUCAAUGCUCGGAAUAAGAAUUUGUUAACUGUUGGAGCAUCCGAAGGACCCAACCCGAGGGAGAUUGAGUUGUAUUUAGAAGAAAUAUUGUCGUUGAUGCAACUUGGUGAAGAUUACACAGAAUAUAUGCUUUCAAAGAUCAAGGGGAUGACAACUGUGGAUCCAGAUUUAGUGCCACGGGCCAUUAAAGAUUUUAGGACAGGAAGUUUUAGCAAAGUUAUUCAAGAUGUUACUGGGUUUUAUGUGAUUUUAGAGGGAUUCUUUAUGGUGGAAAAUGUGAGGAAGGCAAUAGGGAUAGAUGAGCAUGUACCUGAUAGCCUUACUACUUCCAUGGUGGAUGAUGUGUUUUAUGUUUUGCAAAGUUGCUUGCGGAGGGGGAUUUCUACCUCUAAUAUUAGCUCUGUGGUUGCAGUACUGAGUGGUGCUAGUAGUUUGCUGAAUAAUGAAUACUAUGAAGCUUUGCAACAGAAAAUAAGAGAACCUAAUCUUGGGGCAAAGUUGUUCUUGGGUGGUGUUGGUGUUCAGAAGACUGGGACCGAGAUAGCUACAGCGCUGAAUAAUAUAGAUCUGAGCAGUGAGUAUGUCAUGAAACUAAAACAUCAAAUUGAAGAGCAGUGUGCUGAGGUGUUUCCUGCACCAGCUGAAAGGGAAAAGGUGAAAUCUUGUUUGUCUGAGUUAGCUGACUUGAGCAACACUUUCAAGCAAACCCUGAAUGCUGGUAUGGAGCAACUUGUGGCAACUGUGACACCUCGAAUCCGUCCUGUACUUGACAGUGUAGCAACCAUCAGCUAUGAACUAUCAGAGUUUGAAUAUGCUGAUAAUGAGGUGAAUGAUCCAUGGGUACAGAGGCUUCUUCAUGCUGUUGAAAUCAAUGUGGCUUGGCUGCAACCCCUAAUGACUGCUAACAACUAUGAUUCAUUUGUACAUCUGGUGAUUGACUUCAUUGUGAAGAGGUUGGAAGUGAUUAUGAUGCAGAAAAGGUUUAGUCAGCUUGGAGGCCUUCAGCUUGAUAGAGAUACUAGAGCUUUGGUAAGCCAUUUCUCUGGGAUGACACAGAGGACUGUGAGAGACAAAUUUGCUCGUCUUACUCAAAUGGCAACCAUCCUCAACUUGGAAAAGGUUUCUGAGAUUCUGGAUUUCUGGGGUGAGAACUCUGGACCUAUGACCUGGAGACUGACCCCGGCUGAGGUUAGGAGAGUUUUGAGUCUAAGGGUUGAUUUUAAACCUGAAGCCAUUGCUGCUUUGAAAUUGUAAUCCAUAUCUAUGUUUGCCUUUGUCUUUUAUAAGAGUAAAAACCUAUAGGAUCUCACCUCAAGAGGUGCUGCCUCGAUUGUCCACCAAUCCACCAAGACAAGCUCCGAAUAUCUUGCGAUGUGUAAUAUUGUUAUUGUUUUGCACAAUUCUACUUUUCAAAAUUGGAAUACACAUGAUACUACUUUUCUGUCAUUGUUUUACAUGUUGAUGAGCAAGAGUUAGCUUGUACACUCCAAUUUUGAAUCUUAGCAAAUAUAGUAUCUGUAUAUCUUUUGGAGUAGAAGUGUUGCUGUUUGAUGAUGUGUAUUGUCCAUAUAAGUGAAGGUGUUGGAAAGUGCCAUACCAUCUGUUAUUCAGAUUUUUCUUGACAUCAAGAAGAAUUAUCCUGCAGGUUUCCUUGUUGUCAGUAGAUGUUGUGCCCGUAUAGGAUAUACUGUAUUUAAGUAUUUUACAGGAUAUUAUUCUUCUCGAGAGCUGUUGAUAUCCAGCUGAACUGGAGGGCUUUGUGGUGGUAGACAAUACCGGGGUUUAGGCUGCUGUUUCUUGAAAAUACAGUUGUUCCCAAAAAAGUAGUA